UUUUCCCUCGUGAUUAUUUAAUAAUUCUACUGUUUAUCUUAUUGUUGCUUAAAUGUGUGCACAGAUCCAACCCCGAAUGAUUAUUACCGAAUACGCCCGUGUACUGAGCUUCUAAAGGGAGAUCCGGGAAUCCCCGGGCCGCAAGGGCUGAAAGGCGAUCCUGGUAUCAAUGGGACAAAUGGGGAAAAAGGCGAUCCUGGUGGGAUGGGAGCACAAGGUCCAAAAGGAGAAAAAGGCACUAGUAACUUAUCAUAUGUUGCAAGGAACUGCAAGGAGCUGCUGGAUCAGGGGGUGGUAAUGAGCGGUUGGUACACAAUAUACCCGGAUGGGAUGGCGCCCCUGCAGGUUCUGUGUGACAUGGACACUGAUGGGGGAGGUUGGAUAGUUUUCCAAAGACGCUACGAUGGCUCAGUAGACUUCUACCUUGGCUGGGAUUCCUACAGGAGGGGGUUUGGCAGCCGCCUGACUGAGUUCUGGUUGGGGAAUGACAAUCUCAGUAAUUUCACAUCGGCAGGAACAUGGGAAAUGAGAGUCGAUAUGAAAUACUAUGAUAACAUACAGCAUUAUGCAAAAUACUCGUCUUUCAGGGUUUUACCAGAGUCGGACAGUUAUAGACUAAUAAUCGGCCCAUAUGUUGCCGGUGAUGCAGGAGACUCCAUAAUCCGUACCAACUACUCAAAAUUCACCACAAAGGACCGGGACAAUGAUGAUAUGCCUGUAGAUAACUGUGCUGACUUCGGCCACGGAGCCUGGUGGUACACGAGUUGCUAUAAUGCCAACUUGAACGGACUGUAUCUGAUACAGGGCUAUAGUAUACAAAGCAACUGCUGGCUCACCUUAGGAAACUAUUAUUCCUUAAAAUUCAGUGAGAUGAAAAUGAGGCCAGUGUAAGGCUUCCGAUUCACAGCUGAUUUGCUGCUAUGUGGCAUAUUGUGCAAUUUGGCGACACACGUAGAUGAUACAUAUUACUGACAGCUUGUAUAUCAUAAUCCUGGUCAGUCAUUGACCAAUACACAUACUAACUGGUUAACAACCAAUCAGAACGCAUGCAUUUUUGGUAGUCAGUUGUAGCGCAAUAACUUUUGAGUGGGGUUGUUCAGAACACUCACACACAGAACAAUGGGUCAUCCAAUAAGUUUGGUAGAUGCAUGUGUGUCCAUCUUAAAACAGUUCAGUUGUUAUUCAGUUACCAUGCCUGAUAAUUGUAUAUUUCAUAUUAAUUCAUAGACCCAUCUUCUAAAAUACCCAAUCAUCUCCGUAAGGCACGACAAAAUCAUAGUUUAGGAAUGUUAAAUAAGUGCCCCUACUACUCUCAGCUGUAGUCCAAACAAGCUUUUGGGCUGAAAGAUGAAUGCCCUUGCCCUGGUGUAUAAGCAGGGAGUCAAUAAUCUGAAUAACAACAAAACAGUGCAACACAAAACCACAUGUAAAAGGACGACCAUGACAAUUCUAAACAACGUUGACUUCAUUCCAAAAUUCAGAGUAAUGAUAGCUUGUCUCCUGAAUUUCUGAGUAGUUGUUAUUAGUCCCCAAAUGCUCUGAUGAAGGGCGGCUUCUCCCCUAAAUUUCAUAGGAAGGGUGAAUUUGCCCAUCAAUACCUUAAGUAAGAUGGUUUACCAACCAUAUUGCUGUGGACGAAUGGCUUGCCCUUCAAUAUCCUUCACAAAGAAGAAUGAAGGCUUGUCUCCCAAAUAUUUGAGAAGGGGUCGCUUGUCCUUCAGAAAACCAGAGUAAGGGUGGGUUUCCUUUUAAACCUCUGAAGAAAGGGAGGUGCAUUCUCCCAAAUGAUGAGGAUGAGUGACUUUCACCAUGAGUUCAUGAUGAAGGGGGACUUCCCAAAGUCCCUUAGAAGGGUGGCUUCCCUUGUAAAAUCCUGAGGAAGGGCGCUUGUCUCCCGUAAAAGUUAAUUUUGUGUUCAAAAGAGGGUUUGGAAUAACACUUUGUGCUUGUUUUCCA